GGUGUCAGUCGGCUAUAGGGACAGAACAAGAAGUGUAAAGAGCACCUCGGCACAAUGAAGCCCUUCAUCGCGGUUUUACUCUCUUGCCUUUCAUUCAUCCAUUUGGUGGAUAUCUCUGACUGCUAUAAUGUUAUUUAUCCAUCACAGAUUUUAGCCCAAAGUUACGCACAAAGAAGAAACUAUGCUAAUCCAUCCAACACCAGACUACCACUGAGGACGCUUAAUCCAGCAGUAGACAGCAGUAAAUAUCGGUUAAAUGGAGAGCAGUAUCUUCAUAAAGACCAGCCAAAGGUUUUGCCACAACUGGUGAGCUAUCCUAUACCCAAGAGUCUUUCUCCAGCUAAGGUUUAUGACUGGCAAAAAGACUUAUCCACAACAGAGAAAAGGCCGUCUCCAUCGCCGGAGAACCAGCAGCUGAAGGGUGAAUGGACACCAGUAGUUUGCCGCAAAGUAUCAACUUCUGAAGGAUCGCUUACAGGUUCAGACGGACGCGUUACAGUCACGGAAGAAUCGCUUGCAGGUCAGGAACGUUCGCGUGCAGCUCCGGAAGAAACACUUGCAGUUCCAGGACUUUCAACCACAGUUAAAGAACAAUCACUUGUAAUUCCAGAAUUAUCACCUGCAGGUCCAGACAGGUCACAUCCAGGCCAGGGACAAUCACGAGAAGGUCCAGAACAACCACUUGUAGUUCCAGGACUUUCAACUUUAGUACCAGAAAUUUCGUUUACAGAUCCAGAACAGUCACUUGUAAUUCCAGAACCUUCACAUGUAGGUCCAGAAAAGUCUCUUGUAGUUCCAGGACUUUCAUUUUCAGACCCAGAACAAUCACUUGUAGUUCCAGAAGUAACACCUGGAGGUCCUGAACAAUCAGCAGCAAAUCCAGAACGAUCACACAUUCCAACAGGUGACCCAGGGAUACCUUUCCAACCAACAUCUCCUCCUGUACACCAGUGGACCUGGAUAACCUCCUCACUGCGGCCAAAUCUCUCACUGCCAAAGUCCACUCUGGCGCCACAACUAUUCCGUGAAUCCACCUCAUCUCAGUCCGUGCCAGCAUCCACUCUGGCGCCACAACUAUCCAAUGAAGCCACCUCAUCUCGAUUCUUGCCAGCGUCCACUCUGGCGCCACAGCAGUAUCCUAAAACAACCUCAGCUCAGCCUCAGGCUCCACUCAGUGCAGGGAGGACAGCUACAGAUUCUCACUGUAGGAGCCGCCCACUGGACCUUGUCUUUAUCAUAGACAGCUCUCGCAGUGUGCGUCCAGGUGAGUUUGAGAAGGUUAAGGUCUUCCUUUCAGACAUGGUGGACACUCUGGACAUCGGCGCUGAUGCCACCCGGGUCGCCGUGGUGAACUACGCCAGCACUGUCAAAAUCGAGUUCCUCCUCAAAGACCAUCUGAAAAAACAAAACAUGAAGCAAGCAAUCAGUGUCAUCGAACCCCUGGCUGCGGGGACCAUGACCGGUCUGGCCAUCAAGAAAGCCAUGGAAGAGGCCUUCACCGAGCAGUCAGGGGCACGGCCGAAAUCACAGAACAUCGCAAAGGUGGCCAUCAUUGUCACGGAUGGGCGUCCUCAGGAUCAGGUGGAGGAGGUGUCUGCUGCAGCCCGAGCCCGAGGGAUCGAGAUCUACGCCGUGGGGGUGGACCGGGCCGACAUGCGGUCGCUCAAGCUCAUGGCCAGCAACCCACUGGAAGACCACGUGUUCUACGUGGAGACGUACGGCGUCAUCGAGAAGCUCACCUCCAAGUUCAGGGAGACUCUGUGUGGUGUAUCCCCAUGCAAAAUUGGACACAGCUGUCAACACAUCUGUGUUGGAAGUGGAAUGUCCUAUUACUGCAAGUGUCGUCCUGGCUAUGUCUUAAACGAAGACAAGAGAACAUGUUCCAUUGGCAGGGAUGGUGGCCGUGAUGGUCACACCGAUGGUGCAGGCAAUGGACGUAAUGAUGGCGACGAAGAUAGUGAAAGUAGCACCAGUAUCGAUGCUUGUGCACUGGGUCAUGACUGUCAGCACACUUGUGUGAGCAGUGGCUCCUCCUAUUACUGCACCUGUCCCCCAGGCUUUGUCUUGAUGCAGGACAAGAAGUCUUGUUUCAAGGCCAGUGUUGGUGAUGAUGAUGAUGAUGAUGAUGAUGACAGUAGUGCCAGUCUGGACCAGUGUGAGAUGGGACAUGACUGUGAGCACAUUUGUGUCAGCAGUGAUGGCUCCUAUCACUGUGAAUGCCGGAGAGGCUUUGUCUUGAAUGAAGACAAGAAAACUUGUUCACGUCUGGACCAGUGCGGGAUGGGACAUGACUGUGAGCACAUUUGUGUCAGCAGUGAUGGCUCCUAUCACUGUGAAUGCUGGAGGGGCUUUGUUUUAAAUGAAGACAAGAAAACUUGUUCACAGGUGAAGGUGGAGGUCAUUCAGGAUCCGUGUCACUGUGAGGCCAUACUGGCUUUCCAAAGGCAGACACAAAACUCCAUCCAGGCCCUGAAUGGCAAACUAGCAGACAUCACCAAGAAAGUUGAGCAAAUGGAAAGGAUGUUGUCCCACAAGUGAUCGUUCCUCUGGUAAACUGGAUUUUGUGAAGAUGCCUUCAGAUGCCUAUUCUGAUGUUUGGAUCACUUUCUAUUCCAGUGAAGCUACAAUAUGGACCACACUGACCUCCAACACAACAACCUCCAGAGCUUCAAUACCUCAAUACACCUGGAAAAUAACUGACAAAGAUGGUGCUUAUUUUACCGUUAAUAUGUGUGUCACUGGCUCGUAACCAAUAAUACUGGCAAAAGAAAAUUUAUUAUAAAGAAAAAUAAAACACUGAUUACAUUACAUACAGUUUAGUGCAAAAGUUUGUGCACCUCUCAUGGUUUCUAGGCAAUAAAAUGCAUGACAAUUUAUCUUUAAAAAAAAAA